CUUAGCCAUUGGCGGGCGGUUCAAACGGCAGCGGAUGUGACGACGUGGGCUCCCGGAAGGAGCCGUUUGAAACGACGGAGGCCGGGCGCGGGCAGAAGUCAAAUAUUCAAUGUAUGCAAAGAUGAAAAGAAAAGUGGCAAAAGGUGGGAGACUGAGGCUUAGUCCUAACGAAGAAGCUUUACUUUUGAAAGAAGAAUAUGAAAGACGACGAAGACUAAGGCUUCAGCAGGUUAGAGAGCAGGAGAGGUACAUUGCUGUGCAGAUAAGACAAGAAGUGAAGCAGAGGAGAGAUGAGCAGCUACAUCAGUUGGCAGAGGAACUGAAAGCAGAGUGGUGGAAAGCACAAAAUCAGAAGAUUAAAGCCUUGGAAAAACUUUAUCUAUCAAGUUUAAGAGCUGUGGGAGAGGGACACAGACAGGCAAAGGAAAAUGAACCUGAUUUGGUGGCUCUGGCAAAGGAAGCAGAGGAAAGGAAACAAAGAGCAGAGAAGAGACAUAAGGAAGCCCUGAAAGAACAGAAAAAUCAAAAAGAAAAAUUGUUGAAAGAGCAAACAUGGCGAACAAAUGCACGUAAGCAUGCAAUGUAUGUCGAAAAAGAGAGAGCUGCCAAAAUUGCAAGCCUGCCACCACCUGUACCCCAUCCUUUUGAGAACUUUGAAGUGAAAAGACUGCCUACGGUGAAAGUCUAUAAUGCUGACAAUUUUUCUGUUACUCAUCACCAUCUUUCGGAACCUUAUGUGGAUAGAGAAAUGGACACCCAUCAGCCAGAUGCUCGGUUAGUAGCUGAAGAGGAAACAAAGCGGUUGGACGAACUACAAAAAGAGGGAGAGAGAGAUAGGAGAGAACAGCUUGAAAAAGCACAUCUGAGAGGAAGUCAUGCCUUGAAGAUGGUCCAUUUGGCACAAGACCGGGAAAGGCUAAUGAAAGAGCUUGAACAGAUGCAGAAUAUGGACCUGGCACGCAGAAGACAGAUUGUGGCACAGAUGCCACCACAGCUGUUCGAACCUGCAUACAGGCGCAUGGAAAUUAAAGAAGACUGGCAGAGGGAACUGGAGUUUGCCUUUGAAGAUAUGUACAGUGGAGAUAGGAAAAUGAAAGGAGACAUGAUUUUGCACCUAGAGCCACAGCCUUUGCCAAUUCCCUCUGAUCGGUCUCAAGAUGAGGACUUGGAUAUCUCCCUGGAGCCAGAUUUUGCAUGUGAGACUCAACCAAAAUUGGAUGGCGUGACAGAAAAGGAAUCCCAGCACCCUAAUGAACCAGAGAAUCAUGAAGUGAGAGUGGCUCCCCAACCACAAUCAAAACUGGUCUUAAAAAAAUUGCUAAAUAAGAUCCGGAGCCAAAAAGACCAGUGGACUUCAAAAUGUGAAACAGAGAUUCAAAGUGAAAUUGAGACAAUUGAGUCAGGAACACUUGCUAGUGAAGAGAGACGAUUAUGUGAUUCAGAUCCUGGUCAUGAACAACAUACUGAUUCAGUCUCUGAAGCCAUAGAAUCUCCAGAAAUGUUGGAGCAUACCAUUAUAGCUGGAAAUUCAGUCCUAAUCCACCCUCAAGAACAAGCAGCCAAAAUCAGAAUGGAAAUAGAGAGACAAAAACAGAUAGAGCGAAUAGAGCAACAAAAACAGCAGCAGCUAAUUUUGCUUAAGCAAAUUGAAGAAAAGAGAAUAUGCUUAGAGGCAGAGUUCCUGAAGGUCCAAAUGCAGGCUCAGCUGGAGGAAAUAAAGAAAAAAGAGCAAGAGGAGAAAACUGCGAGUGUUGAGCUGCAUCCUGAUCCACUUAUGAACCAACAGAGGGAAGUGGAACACAAGACUGAAACUGCUGCAGUACCAGGAACUAGCAGUUCUAAUGAAGAAAAUGAUAUACAGAUGAUUCGUAACUAUCAACAAUGUCUUCUACUGCAAAACAGAUUGCACAAACAGUCAGUUGAAGAAGCCAGAAAACAGUUGCAGGAAUAUCAGAAUAAGUUGAAGCAAAGAUAUCCAUCUAUUUCUAUGCCAUUAGGCUCUGCGGUUACAUUGCAGUCAAGAUUUAUUAACUUAAAACCUACUACUUGUGAAUCAGUUUUACAAAUGUGUGGACCCACAGUGCUUCAUAGAGAUCAUCCAUCUGCUAACCAGUCAUCUGUACAAGAAUAUGCUCCGCCAUUAAACACACAUUCAAGAACACAUUUUGUGUUGGAAAAGCCAUUUGAACAGAGAGAUGACGAGCAAAGGCAUAACAUGGGCUCUAGUAGACAGAUACAAUCUACAGAGGCCUCACAGUCAGAGCAAAGACAGUUUCAUUUGCCACAACAGAAUUACCCUUCACAAGAACAGAUGGAAAUAUUGGGUCCUUCUGGUAAUCAGGUGAGAGACUUGUCAGAAUCCCAGAAACUGCCUGGGUCAGUCAUGAUGACUUCACAAGAUGCUUCAGUUAUGAUGCAAACAGAGGCGCAUAUACAACGGGACAGUUCAGCUUUGCCCACAGAAGAGUCAUCAAGAACCUUGGGUCUUGAUAAAAAGUCAGUAAUGUCUCAGAGGAUGCCAAACCUAAUAAUAGAGACAGAAGCACAAAAACAGCCUCAGCUUAUAGUUCUUGAUACGCCAGCCUCAGAGGGGUCUCUGAUAGCUCAGGCUGCAUCAUUUGAUUCUUCAGAAUACCAGCAGGUACCUACAGAGAGCAGCAUAAAAACAACCUUUGAACAAACUCUCCCCCAGGCUUUUCAACAUCUUACUUCAUUAUUUCCUGAUGAAUCUGAGACGGGGGCAAUCCAGGAGUCCUUGGCAUCCAAAAAUGGAGGUGCAUCUUUGUUAAAUUAUUCCAAUAUACUAAAGUUAAGAGAGAGAGUGCUAGCUUCUUCAGAGAGCAUCCAAGCUCAGCAAGACCAUUUGAAAGAACUGCAAGAGCAACUGGAUGUACAAAGAGAAGCUCUUCUUUCUAGGCAGAGAAUGCAGGAAGAACUGCUUUUACGUAAGCAGGCUAUAUUAAAGGAACAGAUGCAGAGACAACAAGAGGCUUUGAAGGAUUUUCUUAAUAAACAGGCAGAAGAAUCUGUCACGUACAGAGAGAUGACAGAAACACAGAAAUCUGACCACUUCAAUCUGAUGACUUAUCUGUUCGAAGAUGCAGAAAAUAAAUCUCAAGAAGUUAAUUGUGGUGAUGUGAACAAAUAUGAAAAUAGAUUGCUUUCACAAAGCAUCAGUCAAGCUGAGCAAAUCGAACAGUCUCAAAGAAUUCUGGGAAGAGAACAGAGAUGGCGAACUUCAAAACCGCCUCUGGCUAAAAUCAAGUUAGGGCUCGAUUUGGAACAACAUGAACUAAGUGUAAUACCAGAGCUAGACACGCCAAGGAGUGACAAAGUUUCUUUUACAGAUAAGACAGAUUCCAUUGGUGGAGAAGCUUCUCUCAUUUCAUCUGUGGAAGAGCUAGUGUCUGGCAUGUGCAACAGUGAAUCGGUUCAUGAAGAAAGAGACUUAUCCAUAGCAAAAUUCAAAGAACAAGGUUCUAGUGAGAAUCCAAGAUACACUAACCAACUAAGUAGUUCAUGGCAUGAAAGACUGAUGGUGGAUGCUAGUAGUUCACAUGAGCCAGCCAACCCCAAGGAUUCUGUUGUCGUGGGUCAAGAUUUACCAAUUUAUGCUGCUGACGUUGGAAGGGGAGUAAUUACAGAUUCUGGGCCAUCAUUUACACCUGAUAGUACGGUAGCACUUUCUAAAGGAUGGACAACCAGUUUUGCUCCACAGGCUUGUGCACGAGAGGCAGCCUGUGAUUAUUUGUCUUCAACAACAAUUUCCACUGGCAGUUUUUUAACCAGUGAAAAGUUAGACCUAAGCCCUGCUAACACUGAGUUGUCGUCUUCAAAUAGUGCAGAGGAUAGGAUAUUGAGAGAAACAGCAAGCAGCCCUUGGGACUCUUCAGCAUCUCCAACACCUACCACUGCUCAGCAGAGGCAAGAGAAUUCUUCUGAAGUUUCUGAAUUUCAUCUGCCUGCAGAAGAGAAUUUUAUCUCUAAUAGAAGUCAAAUUCAGCAGAUCAUAGACAAAUAUACGAAAGAUUUGAACUGGUUACCUGAAAACAGUACAUCUUUCCAUGCUCCAGCAAUUGGACCCGAUUUUUCUGAUAUGGAAAGAAAUUUCCCUAACUUUCAACAUCAGCUUUUUCAGCCUUUGGAACCAAGUCCUGACUUUGAUAUCUCGUCAUCCCUUUCUCAACAUAGGAUUUCUGAAGACAGCAAAGAUUUUAGCAAGAGUUUCGCUUUCUCAAUCCAAAGUCAAGACACAUCUGUAUUUCCUGAAGCCACGUCCUCUAGCUUGAAAGCGAGAAGUUACAAUCUGCAUUCUUUUCUUAAUACAAAGAAGCUAAACAAUACUACAUCACAAGCAGAAGAGUCAAUUAAGGCAAAUGUUACUCUGGAGACACUGUCAGAGAGGCUUGAAAUGCUAAGGCUUUCUGAGAAUGGUUUCCAAGGGCCAAAUUCCAAGGGUUCUGAAGAAUCUUUUCACCCUCUUCAGUUGGAAUCUACCCUGAAUGAGCACAGCCAGAGUACUGAACAACCAACAGGUCUUCGCAUUGUAUUUGAACAAAAUUCUAAAAUUAAAAAAUCAGAGAAUGAGAACUACGUUUCAGCUGUUGGAGACCAAUAUGAGGGUCUGGCGAGAAAUAUAGAGAAUACUAAUCUCCAGUCUUCAGUGGAAAACCUGCGGAGUCCAACUCUGAGUUCAUUGGAAGAACUGGGUUCAUUUUAUCAGCUAAUUACAACACAGAUUACAGAAAAUGAGACUCUCCUGACUGAACAUUCAGUAAAAGAAGUUGUGGAACUGAGAAAAGAGAACUUGUGUUUUGAAGAAUUACCUGUUGUGACACCAAAUAAGCACAAGGAGCUUGCUGAAACCCCAGUUCUUAGAAAUGAAGCAAUUAGGAUUGUGGAAGGUGACCAUUCACAGUGCAGUAAAAAUAUAUUGGAGGAAGAACAAAGCAUUCUAGAACUUCAGAUGUCAUCUAGAAUGCCUAGAGCAAUAGACUCAGAAAUCUACAUCAGCCCUUCACAAGCAACUAGACAACAAAAUGGUGGUUUACCAGAAAUACCCCAAAAUCAAAAUUCUAAUUCAGUGCUCACAAUAAGUUCAGGGUUACAUUCCUUACAAAGCCGUGUGCCAGUCUGGGAGACAGAGUCAGGGCAUGGUAUUAUGGAAGAACCUGAACUGACUCUGAUAAGCUCAAAUGACAUCAGUGUUGCAGAAUCAGACUCGGAACACAUUAGCCAAGAGAAAAAAAGAGAGAAUAAGUUUGAUAGCCUGGCAUAUGCUGGCCAUUCUGAACUUAAAAGUUCUUCUGAGGGGAGAGAAUUUUUACCUUUAGACCCAGAAGCAGAUUACUCUGUUUUCACGCUUUCUGACUACUCUGCAAUAGCUCAGAGUCCUAAUGAGGAUCAGUCUCCGUUACAUCAGUCUGCAGUCAUGUUGCUAGAGUUCACUUCCACACCAGGUAGUUUACAAGAAUCAUUUUUAAGGAGAAAGAAAAACUUCAUCCAGAAGUCCUCUAAAAGAGUAGAAGAAAUAAAAAAGAGAGAGAGAAGUUCUGAACAGCCUCAAGCUAAGCUGUUUCAAAGGGACAAGACUGAAAGAUUUAACAUGCCAAAGGAGGAUUCUCCUACUUCUGGUGCAGUUGUCAGUCAAUUGAAGAAAGUGGGAGAAGUGAAAGUGUGCUCUCGAGAGGACAAAAGGUCUGCAGAUGUUCAAAUGCAGCAGCGCACUUUAAGACUUUAUAAUCAACUAGCUGAAGUGAAAAUCAGAAAGGAAGAGAAAUCAAGACAAGAAACCUACGCUAAAAACAGGGAAAAGGCUAAAGAGUUUCAAAAGAAAACAUUGGAAAAACUACGAGCCAAAAAGACACAUUGAACGCUACAUCCUUUUAAGAAACUUCUGGGAAUAAAAACUCCUUGACUCCUUUCUCAGUUCAAUCCAAGGAACGUAUGAGAAGGCCAAAUUCACAUUAAGCAGUAUCAUUAUGUAACUGAAGUACUGAGCUUUGAGAGGUCAAAAAUUCAUAAUUUAAACAGUAGCAACUUAAUUUAUUUCCUAGGUUUGAGUGAUCACCCCCAAAGCUUGCCUAAUUACAGAUUUGGUCUGCCAGUUCAUACUCAUUUCUGCUUGUAUUAUGAUUCAGAUUAUUGUACAAAGGCUUUUUACAUUGAGGAUGGUCUGCAUUUAAAAGUGAAAGGUCAGCUGAAUCUUUUGAAUAAAGUUUUGUAAUGAAACCUGG